AUGACUGCGCUGCAUUCGCAAGCCCUUCGCGCCGCCCGACCUCACGCUAACCAUCUCUGCGCAUCGCCAGACUCCACCGUACCUGCCGUCAAGCAGCCCGAAGCCGAGACUGAGACCGCCGGGAACAAGGACGGUGCUGCGACAACCACCGCGCCUCUCGCGCCGCCGCCAAAACCGACUCAAACCGGUGAAUCCGAGUAUUUCGGCCACCCCAGUCACCUCUCCAAAGAGCCCAAUCCCUUCGAGAACGCAUUCGGCAACCCUGCCGACACGCCCGGCAAGACGGCCCUCCCCGGCGUGACGAGUCUGACCUCACCCGCAUCACUACUACCCGGCAACACGCCUGGCUGGCCCGGAUCUCUACGUUCGGGACCUCUCAGCCCGGCCAUGUUGACCGGCCCGACAGGAAAUAACGAUUACUUCAACAGCGACCAUCACUUUGCCGGCAGCUUUCCCACUCCGAACGAGUCGUCGCUACGCAGUGGACUGACGCCUGGUGGAGGCGGGUCCAUGUUCCCGCAGCCCUCACCCAACUCCCAAGCGCUCUACAAUCAACUUCAGAGUGGCGGUGCCACACCCGGGACUCUCGAUUUCCACCGCACGGCGAUGACCGCGAGGGCCCAGACGCAAUCGAAGAACUAUAACAUACCCCAGAACAACGUCACAUCACAACCCCAGCAAGGCUCCAACAUCCAGCCCGAUCUCGACAGCAAGCCCUACCCAACCCAGGAUAACCAAGAUCCCUUCAGCUCGCACCAGACCAACGACGCUGCGAACGGAUUGUUCAUGCUUGCUCAAGCCGGUGGCCAGCGGAAUAACUCGCAGUACCAGAUGCAGCCACAACAACAACAGCAGCAGCAACAGCAGCAGCAACAACAACAACAACAACCGAACUAUUCCGACAAGCGUGGCAGCAAGGCCGUCAGCACUAUGUCCGGCAGCACUGACGGUGCCGAUGAACAGUACACCGACGAAGACAGCAAGCCGCAGACCAAAUCGAAAGGAAAGAAGGGGUCCACCGGCAAGUCUGCACAGAAUGGCAAGAGAAAGACGGACGAGACGCCGAGCAAGGCUCAAGGCAAUAAGCGACAGCGCGCAAACACCAUGCCGAGCGACGACGAGAAUAUGGACAUGCAGGAUGAUGAGGAGGAAGAGGGCCCGGACGGUAGAAAGAUGACGGACGAGGAGAAGCGCAAGAACUUCCUCGAGCGCAAUAGGGUCGCUGCACUCAAGUGUCGUCAACGGAAGAAGCAAUGGCUUGCCAACUUGCAGCAAAAGGUGGAGAUCUUCAGUUCGGAGAACGACGCGCUGGCUGCCACCGUCACCCAGCUCCGCGAGGAGAUUGUCGGACUCAAGACUCUCUUGCUCGCACACAAGGACUGUCCGGUGUCGCAAGCUCAAGGCAUCUCUGGAAUGGCGAUGCAGCAAAUCGCCGGCGACACCCAGCAUUAUGCGAACCCGUACGGCAUGGCCAUGGGACAGCAGAGCCAGAUGGGUCAGGCGAAUAUGCAGAGGAGGUGA